GAUGUUUAAAACCGUCUUAGUGGACAUUAACACCAUCUUAGCUGACAUUAAUACCAUAUUAGUGGAUAUGAAUACCGUCUUUGUGGACAUUAAUACCAUAUUAGUGGAUAUGAAUACCGUCUUUGUGGACAUUAAUACCAUAUUAGUGGAUAUGAAUACCGUCUUAGUGGAUAUUAAUACCAUCUUAGUGGAUAUUAUUAACAUCAUAGUGGACAUUAAAGACCAGUAUUUCCUAGAUGACAUGGAACAUUCUAAUGCUGUUCAUGGGAUGCUAAUUUGA